AUGGAAGGUGAAGAAGGCGAUGGUGACGAGUACAUGGUACUCUCACGCUGGAAGGACACGGACAACCUCGAGUCCUCGCUACUUCGACAGUUUCCCACCACACCACCGGGCGUAGGGGGACACGGGGAGGGUGGGGAGGGUGUGCCGACAACAGCAUUGACAUCGGCAGCAUCGAAAUCGAGAAAGGGAGGAUCAUCUUCAUCAUCAUCCGAGGCAGCUCUCGGCGACGACCGCAACGAUGACGACAAUGACCACGUCCAGGACGACGACUAUGAAAGAGACGCUGACCAAGACAGCCACGACGCGGACGGCGCCGCCGACUGCGCCAACAACACGUCGACCGAGAUCCCGAAGUGCAAGCUGGAAGCCGAGUAUCUCCGCAGCCGCCGGUACGGGCUGUCGGAUGACAUAGUCCUCCACCGCAAGUGCAUCCGCGCCGUCAAGUCGGAGCGCGUAGACCGCGACGAGGUCGGCGACAUCAAGGAGCCCAUGUUCUCGCAGAGCCAGGCCAUCAACCUGGUCAACGAGUGCCAUGAGUGGGAGGCCAUGCCGUGCGAGCCCGUGGAGCUCGAGGUGCCCAUGCCCUUCCCCGAGCGCAAGUACCCCGAACUGAUAUUUGGCGUGGCCACGAGCUUCGACCGCAUGGUCGACUCCAAGCCGCAGCUCACCCACUGGCUGCGCAACACGGGCGUCAAGCUGGUGGCCAUCGUCGUCGACGCCGUCGACCACCGCGUCGACCUGGGCCGCCUGCACUCGUUCUACGCCGACGACGGCGUCGACCUGGUCAUUGCCCGCCCGCGGUACACGGGGCUGGGCGUCAACGAGCAGCACUUCACCAUCGUGCGCGACCUCAUCUACCACUCGACCCCGGAGACCAAGUGGAUCGGCGUCAUCGACGACGAUACCUUCUUCCCGUCGCUGUACCCGCUCGCCGAGGUGCUCGGCCAGCAGGAUCACAACCAGCCAGCCUACCUGGGCGGGCUCUCGGACAACAUGAUCUCCAUCCAGGUCAACGGGCUCCUCGCCUACGGCGGCGCCGGCGUCUUCCUCAGCAUGCCGCUGGCCAAGGAGAUCGAACCCAACGUGGAGAAGUGCCUGAUGCAGGCCGACACCAACCAGGGAGACGCGCUGCUGAAGUCGUGCAUCUACAGCGAGACGACGACGCGGCUCAUGCUGAUCCCGGGCCUGAGCCAGCUCGACAUCCGCGGCGACCCCUCGGGCUUCUACGAAUCCGGACGCUUCCCGCUGUCCCUGCACCACUGGAAGACGUGGCACUCGGCCCCGGUCGACCAGAUGGCCCGCUCCGUCGACUACUGCGGCUCGUGCUUCCUCCAGCGCUGGCGCUUCGACGAGGACACGGUCCUGUCCAACGGGUACAGCGUCACCGUCUACCGUGAGGGUAUCGACCUCGACGAGCUCAACCAGACCGAGGCCACCUUUGACGACAGCCCGCAGUUCGAGUGGUCGUACGGCCCGCUCCGCCCAAAGGCCACGCCUGAGGAGAAGAAGUCCUUCUACCUCAAGGACUCGGACUUUGUCGACGACAGACUCAGGCAGGUCUACAUCAUGCGUGGGCCCGAAAAGGACGAGGUCCUCGAGCUCUGGUGGGAACAAUGA